UACGUCAUUACGUCGACGCAAUAGCCCGACGACGAAAGGGAAUUUUGAGGAAGCGCUCCCCGGAACAUGUCUCUCGUAUGGGGCUAGUGAGCACAAUUCAAGCGGGAAUGGGAGCCUUUGAGUAUCCUGCCAUUGUCAUUUUUGUAGCCCCGACCUCGCGAGUCGGGCGUUAAUAUUCACCGAGGUCACAAAGGUUCCACAUUGCAUCCAAGGAAGAUGGCGGAGUUCUCGCCCGUAUUACCGAUGCGGGAUGGAGGAGCAGGAGGACGAUUCGGCCAGCCUAUCUUUCCUCGGUCGAGGUCCGGGUCCGAGUCGGAGAGCGAACUCUCCCAAAGCCUGGCUCGGACUAAAAUACGUUCUUACGGAAGCACGGCGAGCGUCACGGCCUCUCUCGGGGAGAAAUUCGUAGAGCAUCGGGUUACGGACGGCGACACUCUGCAGGGGAUCGCCCUCAAAUAUGGUGUCACGAUGGAGCAAAUCAAGAGAGCCAACAAGUUGUUCAGCAACGACUGCAUCUUCCUCAAGAACAGCCUCAACAUCCCCGUGGCGGUGCCCAAGCGCUCUAUUUUUAACAGACUGUCUCUGGAGUCUCCCGACGGGGAUGGCGAAGCGGCGUGUCAGGAGUCGGAGAGCCCACGUGUCGUGUUGCAGGACGUCGAGGGACCUUCGCCGGCGUCCUCGCCGCCGCCUGAAGACUCCAAAAGCUCCCGGCCCCAAGCGGAGGAGCUCUCUGCCAAAGACUUCUUACAAAGACUGGACUUGCAAAUCAAACAGUCAAAGCAAGCAGCGCGCAGGCUGAAAGACGAGGAAAUGAGGAGCAGUGAGGGGAACGCCACGGCGCCCACUUCGUCAUACCAGGAAAUAUAACGGAGCGUUGUGUUUAACUGAACCUCGCUUGCUUGUUCACCUUCUUGCUUGUUAUGUUUGCCUUUUAGUUGUUCUGGAUAUGCAAGCGUUAUGUGUAUGAUUGGGAGACAGACAGCAUAAGUAGAACAUCUUGUUUACAGGUACUAUCAAUCUAUUUAUGUACUGCUGCUGUAUAGGCCCAUCCCAGCUGCACAUGCACUCAUCAGUAUUUAACCCCCAGUUAAACAUCAGGUCAUAAAUAGACUGAAGUCUUUAUACUCAUUUCAUAAGUUCCCUAAAAGCCUUUUCCUCGAGAUCAGAAGGGACCCGUCUAUUUUUGGAGCGCAUUGUUUGUAUGUGUGGAGACGUUUUUAUGUGCUUUUAAAUUUUAUUUGUUUUAUUGUUUGGCCAAAAUAAAAAAAAACUACACUCACCAAAAAAUGUAAAUGGCACACUUUUGUUUUCGCUGUCAUUUGUCACAGGCUGAACUCAAUCCCCAUUUCUCUCAAAUGUUGUCCACAAAUGUGUCUUAAUCGGUGUUAUUGCGCAUUUCUUCUUUGCUGAGAUAAUCCAUCCCGCUCACAGGUGCGCCUCAGCCAGAUGCCGAUUAGACAACAGGAUUAUUGCACAGGUGUGGUUAAGGCUGCCCACAAUAAAAGGCCACAUUAAAAGUUAGAAGUUUUACCGCUGCGGAUCAGUCAGCAUCUGGCGUCACUACGCAUGGGCCCGUAUCAGAUUUGGAUGGUAUGGCAACCGUGCGGUUUCUUGCUAUCACGUUAUUGCAAUUCCAGCUCGAAAAUGUAUUAUUUUGAAAUGUUUGGAUAACCUUCACCAUUGAACGUCUCUGCUAUUCUCCGCAUCGUGAUGUAACGUCAGAGCGGCAACCAACGGAUGUUAGCCAUGCUAGCUAGCGAGUUAUCUGUCUCUGUAGCAUGUCUCUCGCAUGUAUUUGACUAACUGUAGACACACUAACUCACUUAUGGUAAUAUAUUAGGUUUGUUCCCUCUCAAACAGCGACGGGUGCCGAUAUCUGUAGCAUUGUGCUGUGUGAUGAAACUGCAGCUUUUAGAGUGGCCUUUUAUUGUGGGCAGCCUAAGGCAUUAAUCAUACUGUCGAAUCAGCAUUUUGAUACAGCACACCUGUGAGCUGGAUGGAUUGACUUGGCAAAGGAGAAGUGUUGACUAACCCAUAUUUAGACAGAUUUAUGAAAUGUAUAUGAGAGAAAUAGGCCUAAUGGGUUUUGAGUUCAUUCAUUCACGCUGGAGCCUAUCCCAGCUAUCUUCGGGCAGGAGGCGGGGUAUACCCUGAACUGGUCGCCAGUCAAUCGCAGAACUCUCACAAGAGUUCAGAUCAGGAAAAAUAGAAGCAAAAACAAGUGUUGAAUUUAUGUCUUUGUUCAGUGUAUUUCAAGCUGAUGUGUUGUCAUGGCAAUGAAUGUGAAAUACUUUGAUAGUGUUACUAUUACCCUUAUUGCUCUAUUGGACCUAUUAAGCACACUUGAAAAGAAAAUACACGGUUUUAAUUGCUUUUACACUCUAGGAAAGAAAAAGAAAAAAAUCACAUAUUUACAUUUAAAAAUACGUCAUCUUGUGUCCACUCAGAUGGAAACGUUUAUCUUCGAUACAUGGAGAGGAAUGAUUGACACAUCGCCCUCUUGUGGGUUCAAGAGUUAUUACUGAAGUUUACUAUGAUGUAAUGCACAUAUAUAUUUUUGAGUUAAAUGAAAAGCAGGAAUAGAAUAAGAUUUUGCAUAUACACCAAAAACAAGAAAAACAUGUUUUAUGUAGUGGUACAAUUUGACUUAUAUAUUCUACAGCUCUGGAAACAAACUAAGUUUCUAUGAUUAUGCUAUUUAUCGGACAGUAUGUUUGUGUUUAAUGAUUUUUUUUCUUUUAUUAUUGUAUAAUCUACUGACAAAUACAAAAGGUCCAGUGC